UCUCCAGUAGGAGACACGAAAGGGUUGAAAAUGCUGGGGUUUCUCCAAGUUGUCCUGGUUACGUUCUUCAUAGCCGCGACCUCUUCAGAUCCACUUGCCAGCCUGGCAUUUGAAUACCCAAGUAUGAAAGAUGACAUCUAUGACCAGCCUGUUAACUUGAUGUCUAAGAAGUCGCCUCACGCUAAGGUAAACAUCCAAGGCGACUCCGGCGUGGACACAUGGGCACCAUUCGACUUCAGCAAGUUCGACCAGUACAUGAACGAUUACAAGGAAGACUCCGCACCAGAGCAUAACAGGAUUAAGAGACGAGCUCGGAACAUACGGAAGUUUAACACAUUGCUUGGACCCCAACUACGGGAGAGACCUCACCACUACGUGUAUCCCGAACCAGUGAAAGACAGGAUUCUAGAAUUUUCCACAUCCACCAAAAGACCUGGGAUUCUACCGGAUCAAAUGAACCCUGGAGUGAUAUUUAGAGUUAGAAUGUCCGACGCAAUUUUGAGAAUAAAACAAAGGAUGUAUGAAGACCCAGAAAGACACAUAGAAGCUGAUAUUAUCUACACGAAUUUGAUCAAGAAAGUCGUUAUGGAUGAAAUUACGAAGUUUCACAAUCUCCUUCUAAUGUACAAAACGGAUAAGAGUAUUAAGGAGCAUUUGGGCGAAUGCGGAGGUCGGAUCUACAAAUUCAUCAGUUACAUGACCAUAAAGGUCCAUAUUUACUGUCUGUUCGAUGCUCUAUGGAUUGAUGGGAACCCGUAUGUGAUUGGUGAUGAGUAUUCUGUCACUCCUGUAGAGGUGCCCCCGAUGUUGCAAUGUGAUGCGGCUGAGUGCAACUCUAUUGUUUUCGUUGAUUCUAUUACUGAGCCUAAGGAUGUCGAAGAGUGAAAAGUAGUUGGUUCAAU